AUGAAUGGGUGGCUGGUUGGGCGGUUGCCCAGGAGUCAAGGUGCCCCGGAGGUGAAACGGCAGAGCAAAGUCUAUUCAGGUUCCAUUCUGGCCUUGGGGGAUCUCAAGCAAUUCGAGAACUCAUAUAUGGAUCAACUGAAUAAUUAUGUAAGAUCUCUGCAACAAAAAGUGGAUAUCUGAGAAGGUAUGAUAAGCAAAAUAUAUAAAAAAUACAAAAUUAAUCAUAAAGUCAGUCAAAUUGAAUAUAUAUCAAAUCCCCUUAAUUCCUUUCAACUUGUGAGACCUCAUGAAGAUUGGCCCAAGUGGUUGAAUUACAUUAGGGAUCACAAAAAUGAAGAUAAUCAGCUCUCCGAAAUGCAUCAACUUUUAAAUCGUACACCAACUGCCGAGGACUUGGAAGAAGCUUCAUUGGGAAUGUAUCGCAUUGAGCAUUUCUAUAAUCUAAACUCAAUGGACAUGUCACAGGGUCUACUAGCUGGUCAGCAAUUAGAAACCCAGAUGUCCGCUUCAGAUUGCCUGGCCCUGGCUGACUAUAUGUUCAAUAAGUCGGAGUAUAGAAGAGCAGCUCAAUGGUAUCGACUGGCACUAUAUAAUAUUAAAGAGCCUACGAAUAGGAUUGCUCUUGAAAUUUACAAACCAAAUCGAGAGGAACUUCGGAAAAUGUUUGUUAUAAGUCGGCUUCAUGAAGGUUCCCUUAACAACAUAAGUGAUUACUUGGACGAAGUCAACCAGAUCCCGGAUUCCCCUCCCUUACUUAAAGCCCAUUCACCUGCCACUGCCAUUGAACGAGGAUGUCGAGGAGAGUUUCCACCUCGUCCUAGGCUCGUGUGUCGCUACAACUUUACCACCACUCCAUUUAUGCGUAUAGCACCCCUCAAGGAGGAGGAGAUUAGCAAGGAUCCACUCAUGUGGCUAUAUCACGAUGUACUCUAUGACAGCGAGAUAGCUCAUUUUAUAAAUCUGACGAGUGAUGACUUAACCCAAGGAUAUACCGAUAACUAUACAACUCCCAAAACACCAGAACGCGUCUAAGUAAAAGUUACCGAUGAUGAUGGCUGCAAAGUGGACAAAGCUUUGGUGAAUCGGAUGACGGAUAUAUCAGUGGCAAUGGGUAAUGUUACUUCUCUGGCCAGAGCCAACUAUGGACUGGGUGGGUAUUUUCCAGAGCACAGUGACUACAGGGACCCAGAAUUAUCCGGUAGGUAAACUGAAAUGGUCAAGGAGGGCGAUCGUUUACUUACAUUUGUUUUUUAUGCCACCGAUGUCCCCUUGGGUGGUGCCACCAUUUUUCCCGCAGCCAAUCUUACCAUUCAACAAAAAGGUUCGGCGCUUUUUUGGUACAAUCUUCACAAUAAUUGGGAUCCAAAUCCUUUGACCAGACAUGCUGUGUGCCCCGUGAUCCUGGGAAAUCGAUGGAUUUUUACCAAAAGCAUGACAAACUAUUAUCAGAUGUUUACCAAGCCAUGCUACAAGUAGUAGCUUCAAAAUUUAAGAAUUAAUAAUAAUAUAAAAUGUAUUUAAUUUUUAGA